AUGGGACCGAAUGAAGUCAUCGAAAGGGGGCAAAAGGCGGCGGAAGAGGCAGGUUCGGCGGGUCAAAUGGAGCAGCAUGAGAGAAACUCCGAGGGCGAGAGGGGGAGGACGGUGGGGGGCGGUGGGGAAGACGGUGGUGGAGGUGGAACCGGCGGAUCCGGAUCUGGGGAUCCAGGGGAUCCGGUGGUUCCAGCCGGCGAAGAGAGGAUAGUAGUGCCGGCGGGGUCUUCCCCUUACGUUCACCGAGGCGGCUGA